CCAUAUAAAUCAUUUAUAUAACUUCUGUAUCUGCUUGGAAACCUUAUGAGGAAUGCUACAAGACCACCCAUCUCACAAAAGGGUCAGUCAAUCUUAACAAGAAGUCUCGUUUUCUUGAAAAUGUAGAACAUCUGACAUCACUGAAUCACAUUUUGGACAUUCUUUAUCAGUCAUUAUAACAGUAACACUGUCAAACAUUUGACGAAUGAGAGGGUCGAUUAGCAAAUGUGCCACUGAAUGGCUAGUGAUUUAAAUCUCCAUGUGCUUAAUGCGUUUGAUUAUUUUGCACAUAAUUCCUCUGUGCUGGCAAUCUUUCAGUGUCACCUCUGCUUUGAGGAUCCAUAAAGCAAACCAUCUCCAAAAAAACCAAAACAAAAACAUUUGCUUUUCACUAAAUUUAUAAAACUCAUUAAUGUGAUCUAUGUGAUCUGUAUAAUACACACUGUGUUAUCAUACACAUUAGCCCUGCUGUCUGUGCAAACGAGAUGUAAUAAGUAAUAAACUUGAUUACUGACAGCGAGGCUGCAGGAUGUAAUGCAGAUAAUGCAAUAAAUGUAUUUCAAUUAAAUGUAAACAUAGAGAAGAUAAGACUUUCAUGCUAUCUGUUAAAAUGAUGCAACACAACAGGGGUCAACAGGUAUUCGGUACACUUGCAGUAACCCUCACAUCUACAUAAUAUUCAUCUCACGCACUCUUACUCUCGCUCUCUACUGCGUUUUUUUUCUCCUGAAGCUCAAUGUCGAGUUUUUUUGACCAGAUCUAAGUUUCAUAAGAGCGACACAUCCUGUGAACAGAUGAGGAAGUAUGGGCUCAGCCUGUGUGUGUGUUUAAAGAAAGUGUUUAAGCCGUCGGUGUAUGUGGUGUGUUUGGUCAUGCAUAUGAAUAUUGAUUUCUAAAGAAAAAUUACGCAUCUUUGAGAGUCAUGCUUCAGAGGAGAGCUUCGAAUGCCUCAGAGAAACCGAGGAAUAAACCAAAGCGCUCUUACAGCUUUGGUAGGUUCGAUUCACCCAAAAAUCAGUCCAAGCAGGAGGAACAUGAAAGCACUUCGAAACAGGGUGCUGAUGGCGAAUCACCCGAGGUAGAUCAUAUCAAAGGGGGGUUAGGAAAGAAGAUGAAAGCAAUCUCAAUGACCAUGCGCAAAAAGAUGGGAAAGAAGUAUGUAAAGGAACUGUCAGAGGAAAUGGGGGAAGGUGUGGAUGGAGACCAGGAAGCUAAACAAGUAGCUAAUGCAAAUGAAGCUCAAGUCAAAGGGUGUACAAAGACGAGUAACUCAGUGGAAAGUCUCUUCAGUCUCCACAGCAGCCAAAGCUCCUCCAGUAAUGGCAUCACCAGUGGAUCAGAAGGCUUUUGUAACAUAGAGAGUCUGAAGCUGGAGGAGGAAGUCCCAGACAACAUCCAGUUCUGUGGCAAAGCGAAAGUUCAUACCGAUUUCAUCCCGAGCCCCUACGACACAGAAUCCCUUAAACUCAAGGCCGGAGACAUGAUCGACAUCAUCAGUAAGUCUCCCAAUGGCAUCUGGACAGGCAUGCUGAACAGCAAAGUGGGCAGCUUUAAGUUUAUCUAUGUGGAUGUCCUCCCUGAGGAGCGUGUUCCAGUGUACAGGAUGGAAAAUCAUCGGAGAAGCAGAAGACCUCGACCCAAAACGCUCCAGGAAUUCCUCGAGAGACUAAACUUGGAGGGGGAGUGCCUGCAGGAGUUUGUGUCAUCCCUGUUACUAAACGGUUAUCAGACGGUAGAAGAUCUGAAGGAUCUGAAAGAGCAGCACCUGAUUGAGCUGAACAUGACCGAUCCCGAACACAGACACAGACUGCUGGCAGCAACUGAGUGUUUACAUUAUGCAGAGUCUAACAGUCAGAGAGAAAGAGAAGGAGAAGAAGUGCCCAAGUCUCAGAGCGAGACGGUGAAAGCUGAGCCGAAUGACGGUGAAAGUAGUCCCAGAGACUCUGGCUGCUACAUCGCCUCGGACUGCUCCGACAACAGCAAAGAGGACGCAGAGAACCACCAUUCUGUGCCUCUGUCCUCAUCACAAGCUGAGGUCUAACCACAGUGUGCUCCUGCACCUGGAGAAUCUGACCUACUUCUAACAAACACCACAGUCCUCAUGCAAAUGGGUCAGUGAAUAAUCUGUGUUUAAUGUCAGAACACAUCUUUGGUUGUUUUUAAAGUGAAUCUGGAGACUUAUUUCCUUUUUAAGAUGUCAGUCAAUUGUGCCAUUAUACAUAGAAAUUUGAAAAAAAUCAUCUGAAAUCCAUAUAUACCUAUGUGUACGUGUAUGUGUGUGUACGUGUGUGUUAUAUUCAUAUAGAUCAUUCUUUUCAAUAGUCUGUGACCGUUUAUCAUAAAGAACAAAAGCACUGUAAAUAUAAUGUAAAAAUGUAAAUAAUAUAUUAUGUAGUGAAUGGAUGAAUAAACUUCCCAUAGUGAUGUUAUAUUUUUUUAGCCUUGAACACACCAUGAUUUCAUUCGUAUUUUUUUACAAAGUUAAAAAAAAAAAAAGUUACUGUGGAAUGGAUCAAUGAUGCUGCUUCUUUCAUUUUCAACAAAUUGCACACUGCAGUUUUAAUCUUAGUCUCACUGACUCCAUUCCACACUAAAGAGUGUGUGUGCUAUGUAAAUAAUUUUAAAUAAACCUGACAUACUGUAUGUUCCAUAUUUUUUUAUUUAUUUUAGGUUGGUUUCUUUAAAAAAAUCACUUGGAUAAAGGAAACACGACUGAGUUUAGGAUUUGGCAGUGUCUUUUUUUUUUUUGUAAAAGUAAUUUUUCUUGUUAAAUAAACAAAAUAGCAGGAGGAUUCCGUCAGUAAAAUAAUAAUAAUAAUGAUAUAAUCCUCUCUCUCAUAUAUUCACAAUGGAUCUUCCCCUCAGUAUAGCAUUUUGCAUUUGAAGACUAAAUAAAGAUCUAUUCCUGCUAUUCACGAGCACCAGAUUAAAGGUACGGUCACAGAUAUAAAAAUGAAUAAAUUAAAAAAAUAAAAUAAUGAUCAGAUGAAUCAAAGGAUCUGUACAUUUAUGUCAUUUACAAACUGUAACUAAGACUGAGUACUGAGGAACUUCUAGACAAUUGUGCUCUAGUUUGUGAACAGAUGACUGGCACUGUGAAAGAUCUGUUAUGUGCAAUCAGGUAUUUGUUCAGAAAAACAACGACCCCCCAAUUCGGAACAAAAUCCGAUUGCUGAAACUGUUUUCCUUUCAAUGAAUACAGCGAAAAACAUAACUGUUAAGUUUAUAUAUCGGCUCAAUGUGAAUUCAUGUUCAUUACUCAGUUUCAGUGAAGCCCCUACACGACAUCAGAUUCAUCUAAUGAGAGCAUUAAAUUGUAGAGGACACCGCAGUCUAACUUUAUUGACCUUUAUUUUCUCCAAUGACUUGUCUUUAUUGACUUCUAUAAAUAAAGAAUAUUAAAUUCUGUGCUUCAUAGAGGCAUUUCAUUCCAUACCUCAAUACUUCAACCACUGCAGUGUAGACGGCACAAAAUACUAUAGUAGAUGUAGAUAAAAUAUAUAUAUAUAUAAAAAAAAAACACCUACUCCAUUAUACAAAUAAUCCUUCAAUCCUUCCUCCAAAUGUCACAGAUCUGAGUCAUUGAUUGAUUUGCAGGAAAAUGAGAAACAAUAAGCCACUCACUGACUAGUCCACAAGAUGAAACUGUACACACUACUGCUGCAGCAACAUUUCAUCUUAUAUACACUUUAAUACAGCGCAUAAGGCAUUGGCGUGAAGGUCCUUUAUAUAAAUAUGCAAAUCUAUUCAAAUCCAAUCACGCAGAGCUGUGCAAGUCCACAAGUUCCACUCGCAUAAAGAUGAAGG